AUGCUCGGAAUUGACUACGCGAGUAGCGACGAGGAGGAGGUCGUACCGGCGACGAAGCCAGAGUUGACCAACUUCCCUUCAGUUGUUACGCUUCCGCCAGAACCUCUCUCCAAGCCUGCUCCUCUCGAACAACCUCGAAUCCCUUUGGGUCCAGUCAAUGGCCCAUCCCAAGUUCCAACCGUGACGCCACCUCCCACAGAGGAGCAGUCGACCGAUGGUGCUCUCCCAGGUUCACCAUAUGCAUCGAACCGAGCUCUAGUUCAAAACCUCACACUGCCAACCGUACCCAACUUCGAUAUACCACCAUCACCGCCCGGUUCGCCGUCUCAGAGAGCAACAAAGAAAUUUGCACAGUUUCUGGACUUGAAGAAGAAGGGUCAGCAUUUCAAUCAGCGGUUGGAGGGUUCCUCAGUGCUGCGAGAUCCCGGCCACUUGCAGAGGCUACUGGAAUUUGCGCGCAUUAGCGAAGAAGACUCGUAUACGUCGACAUUGUCCGAGGAUGUCGCAGUGCCAGCGGUGUUUCCAGAGUGGGCGUAUGUGGAGGAGUUGAGGGCUUCGCAGAAGCGGAUCGCAAAGGCAAAGGAGGUCGAAAGGUUGAAAGCGCCACGAGAGACAAUUGACUUUGUAUCGUCAACAAGGUCUGGCACAUCUAGUCGAACAGGCUCACCUUCAGGGAAAGCGUCACGACCGAGUGCUCCCGAGAAAGGCAUGGCCGAUCUAGACAAAGAGCAGACUCGACGAUCGUCGUCCCAGAAUCUGAGCAAACGGAAAGGGCUUGAGCACAGAGGCAGGGAGAACCCAAGUUCAGGAGGCGGACCGAGAAGUGGAUCAAGAUCUCCCAAGAGGAGGCGGUCAAGGUCGACAGACAGGAGAAGGUAA